UCUUAUUAUGUCUUAUAAUAUAGUUUUUUUAGUGAGAUAUUUGUAAUUUUUAUUGGUAAUUAAUUCGAAUGAUAAAAUGAUAAAAAAAAUUAAUUUUAUUUUAAAAUAACAAAUAAUUUGAUAUUUAAUUUAACUAUCUUUAUAAAUUUCCUUGCAUUUGGGCCUAGUAUAGAUCCAAAAGGUCAGUCGUUUCCAUCAAACCCUCGUUCUUUUUGCUAAACUCCGAUCACUUUCUGCAAUCGCCGUCGAUCUCCGUCGCGUAAUCUCACCGAACAAUGUUUCGACACGGUUCUCGAUUCCUAGCCAGAGCCACCACGAUGACGUGGCGCCGUCCAUUUGCAACCGACCUGCAGGCGGGGUACGUUGCAGAUUCCAACUUCACGGAAGCUUGGAAGAAAGUUGUUCCCAAUGUGGACCCACCGAAAACUCCAUCUGCGUUUAUGGCUCCUAGACCGGCUACUCCAUCGUCGAUUCCGUCUAAGCUUACUGUCAACUUUGUCCUUCCUUACACUUCUGAACUCUCUGGUAAAGAGGUUGACAUGGUUAUAAUCCCCGCAACGACAGGACAGAUGGGUGUUUUACCUGGGCAUGUAGCAACAAUUGCUGAGCUGAAGCCUGGUAUCUUAUCAGUUCACGAGGGCAACGAUGUGAACAAGUACUUUGUGAGUGGUGGAUUUGCAUUUGUUCAUGCAAAUUCUUUUGCGGAUAUAAUUGCUAUUGAAGCUGUACCACUUGAUCGCAUCGACCCCAAUUUGGUUCAAAAGGGCCUCACUGAUUUCACUCAGAAGCUAAACACUGCAUCAACCGAUGUAGAAAAAGCUGAAGCCCAGAUUGGAGUUGAUGUACACAGCGCCCUUAAUGCUGCUCUCACUGGUUAAGCAAACUGCAAUACAGUCUUUGUCCUUGGUGAAUUCUGUUUUCCUUUGUGUCCGAUUGAUCAACUUCUUCACCCUUUUUGCAUAAGCUGAUAAUGAUGAUGAUUUCUGUUUUAAGUCCUGCAUUACUCGAAUAAAUGAUUUGGACAAGGUUCCUUACAUGUUUUAUUUGCUGCUAUAUAAGCUGUAAGCUAAACUGCAGUAAUGAGAAUAGAUUGUUCAAAAAGAAUUAUCCAGUUGUCUCAUGCUCCCUAAUUGCUAUCUUGGGAUGCA